CGCUCGCCACCGAUAUUUGGCAUUUGUACAACAUGGCAGACAUCGACGACAAAGAACAGUCUGAACUUGAUCAAGAUUUGGAUGAUGUUGAAGAAGUAGAAGAAGAAGAGACUGGUGAAGAAACAAAAAUCAAAGCGCGUCAGCUGACUGUUCAGAUGAUGCAAAAUCCUCAGAUUCUUGCAGCCCUUCAAGAAAGACUAGAUGGUCUGGUAGAAACACCAACAGGAUACAUUGAAAGCUUGCCUAGGGUAGUUAAAAGGCGAGUGAAUGCUCUUAAAAACCUUCAAGUCAAAUGUGCACAGAUAGAAGCCAAAUUCUAUGAGGAAGUUCAUGAUCUUGAAAGAAAGUAUGCUGUUCUUUAUAAGCGAUUUGAGAUCAUUAAUGCCAUUUAUGAACCUACAGAAGAAGAAUGUGAAUGGAAACCAGAUGAGGAAGAUGAAAUUUCGGAGGAGCUAAAAGAAAAGGCCAAGAUUGAAGAUGAGAAAAAGGAUGAAGAAAAAGAAGAUCCCAAGGGAAUUCCUGAGUUUUGGUUGACUGUUUUUAAGAAUGUUGACUUGCUCAGUGAUAUGGUUCAGGAACAUGAUGAACCUAUUCUGAAGCACUUGAAAGAUAUUAAAGUGAAGUGCUCAGAUGCUGGUCAGCCUAUGAGUUUUGUCUUAGAAUUUCACUUUGAACCCAAUGAAUAUUUCACAAAUGAAGUGUUGACAAAGACAUAUAGCAUGAGGUCAGAACCAGAUGAUUCUGAUCCCUUUUCUUUUGAUGGACCAGAAAUUAUGGGUUGUACAGGGUGCCAGAUAGAUUGGAAAAAAGGGAAGAAUGUCACUUUGAAAACGAUUAAGAAGACGCAGAAACACAAGGGACGUGGGACAGUUCGCACUGUGACCAAGACAGUCUCUAAUGACUCUUUCUUCAAUUUUUUUGCCCCUCCUGAAGUUCCUGAGAGUGGAGAUCUGGAUGAUGAUUCUGAAGCUAUCCUCACUGCAGACUUUGAAAUUGGUCACUUUUUACGUGAGCGUAUAAUCCCAAGAUCAGUGUUAUACUUCACUGGAGAAGCUAUUGAAGAUGAUGACAAUGAUUAUGAUGAAGAAGGUGAAGAAGCGGAUGAGGAAGGGGAAGAAGAAGGAGAUGAGGAAAAUGAUCCAGACCAUGACCCAAAGAAGGAUCAAAACCCAGCAGAGUGCAAGCAGCAGUGAAGCAGGAUGUAUGUGGCCUUGCGGAUAACCUGCACUGAUCUACCUUCUGCUUUCCUGGAAAGGAUGAAUUUACAUCAUUUGACAAGCCUAUUUCAAGUUUUUUGUUGUUUGUUUGUUUGCUCAUUUUUGUUUUUGCAGCCUAAAAUAAAAAUGUCAUAUAAUUUAAAAAAAAAAAAAAACUCUAGUGCAAAUAUUUUCAUGAGGAGUUGUCAGGACUCUGUCACUCUCAAGAAUAGUUCUGCUUUUUAUGAACUUUGUAAUCACAUAUGGAAAGAGUUCCUGGACUAUUUGGCCUCUCAUUUAUUUAUUUGCUUUUCAUCAACCUUUUAUUUUUGGAUAUAUUCUAAAAGAAAUAGUUGAUUAAAACAAGAAGAGAAGAUAAAUACUUUGGAUGUAUAAUGGGAUUAAAACACUUAGAAGUGUGUUUAUAAUAGUGAUGGAAAGACUCAAAAAACUUAGCAAAUUUAAAUUACUUCAAGCAAACUAAGCUGUCGUUUUGAUUCUUCUUUUUAUAUUAUUUUCACAGCUAUGAGAUAAAUCUGUACUAACCUCCCAAAAGAAGACUUUAAAAAAUAAAUAAAUGGAAGCUACGAAGAGGAAAAAGGAAAAAAAAAAAUGUUAAGAGGCAGCUUUAAGGAAAAAAAGGAAUGUUUAUUCCACCCAAACCUCAUGUGAAUUCUAAAUUAUUAAAUCUCUGCGAACACCUGAUUUAUGAACAGGAUAACACAGCCCCUAGCCAAAAUCAUUUUUAAUAAAAAGCAGGAGGUUUCCUGAAGUUCAUCUCAGAUUUAAUAUCAAACACAGCAGCCACACAUGAACAUUUCCCCAUAAAACACGAACACAGCAUGGCACUGGCAACCAUCGGCAGGGAAAUAGCAGUGCAAACAAACACGGUGU